UCCCGAGGAGAUCUUUGGGCGUAAUCAGGCGAGUGCAAUCGAGGUCCGGGUUUUAACAGAAAGGAUACAAAACUUUUAGAAAAGCUUUUUGUCGAGCUCGUCAACAAACCGAAUAUUUUUCGGAAGUCUUUCUACAGAGUUACGAUGAAUUAUAAAAGAAAAUGACCCAUGUCGGAGCAGUGUGAGGUCGACUUCAGCCUCCCUGGAGAAACUUUUGAAGACAUGAGCAUCAAGCUGCUUAACCUCAGGGUUUAAGAGGCGAUCACCAUGGCAACACAGUUCAGUAUUGAUGAUGCCUUCGUAUUGGAGGGAGAUGAUGAAGGAGCCAUGUCUGAUGGAGAGCCACAAGGAUGGAAGGACAGAGAGGCAGGAGAGAUGACAUUUGGCCCUCUGACUUUCUCCAAACCUCAGACUCAUCCUUCACCUGGGGCCACCGGCUCCCUGGAGCACAGUAACUUAAAGUAUCAGAAUCUGGAAAAUGAAGAUGCUCUGGGCAGCAAUGGCAACUCCUCUUUCAAUAACUUCUUUAAAAUCAGUGACCCUGCCAAUCUGUCGUACUGCAGCUCUCAGUGGUCCUUCAGCACCUUGAGUUCUGUCACACAGCUUUCUGCACACUGCUGUGGAUGGGUGUCUCAUCCACUUGUGAAAAAAAACAGAAAGGUUGUUCUUGCUUCUUUUCUUCUCCUAAUCACUGGAGUUGCUCUUAUUUUCACAGGUAUUGUCAUACAGCUGAAUCCAAAUGCAGGUGUUUCAAGUGCUAUUUUCUUUGUACCUGGAUUUCUUCUCUUCAUCCCUGGAGUGUACCAUGUGAUUUACAUCAGCUGUGCUGUCCGUGGAAGAAGAGGAUUCAAGUUGUUUUACUUACCUUAUUUUGAAAAAUGACAUAAAAGACAAGCUACAUUUUCACCACAUUUCUUUUACAACAUUAUUUGUCUUAUUUAGUUUUCCUUCAUAUUGUCACAUGCUUCUUUUUCUUGUCAUUGUAAUGACCACUACUAAUUGAACCACUCAGUGCCAAGACUAUGUUUGUGCCAUAUGAACUGACAUUAUUGUGUGUGUACUCUAAAAGAAGGAGAUUGGUCCUGCCUGUGUUUUCUAUGUUGUGUGAAUAAUGACUGUGAAACAACAAAAAUUAAACUUUUUAUAGUAUAGUGUUUGAGAUGGUUUAUGAGGCCUUGGUUAGGGCUUCAUUGAAGGAGGGCUGGAAAGCUGAAUUACCUAAGCCUAAGCAGACUUCAGGCUUGUAAAUCAUACCUCAUUUUAUGGCCAUAUGAACCACUAUUUUGUCUAUCCCAGUCCAAACUUUGUUUGCCCUUACACAUCAGAAAGUAAACAUCAUGUUGAUUUGGUUUGCUUGGCACUAAUGCUGCCAUGGUUACAUGCGUUAAGGAAAUAAGUAGCCACUUUGAAAUGGAAAUAAAAUCAAGUGUGGUUUCACUUAAAACCUAAAGCCAACCAGACACAAAGAUACACCCAGAUUGUGUUUUGCAGUAGUUUAUUUCCCUCUGCGGGUUUUCUCAGUUAAUUACCACAACAGCUGAAGAAACAAUCAAAUGUGCAUGUCACAAAGGCUGCAUGCUGGGGUUAGUAGUGAUGCCUCAUAGUAAGAAGGUUCUUAUUUUUAAUCCUGUCUGGACAGGGCAUUUCUGUGUGGUGUUUGCUUAUUCUGUCCAUGCCUGCAUGUGUUCUCUCCAGUUAUUCAGGCUCGAACAAAAUACAUGAAAAAAUUGAAUACAAAUAUACAAAACUGAGCAAAAUCCCUAACUGAACAAAGACAGGAUUAAACAUUAAAAAUAAAAGAGUAUAAUUACUGGAGCCCUGAGGGAUAUGCAUGCAUAAAUUACAUUUAACUCUGUUUCCCUGAACAUGUACAGGUUGUUUCUAUAGAUCUUGAGGAAUUGACAUUAUCAUGAGGAAAUAACAUUAUGUUAUCCCAAGGUAACAAGUUACAAAAAUGUAAUUGCCACAAUUUUUCUAUGCACAUAUUCAUAACCCACUGACAGCAGCUCAAUGGUCCACUUUUGGGUCUCAACCCACAAUUUGAAAACCACUUUACUGUAAUUUAAUAACUUACUGCUACUACAAAUACUAUUAUGAAUCCUAAUAUUGGUACAUUUAAUUCAUAAAACACAUCUCAUUUGAAGGAAAUCUCACACUUGGCCACAAUCCCUGUGGGCCCCCUUUAAGCUUAAAUUUUUUAGGCUGACUAUCGCCACCUGCUGAAUUGGAGUGUGCUUCUCUUUGAGAAGUUGUAGUAUAUUCUGUGUAUCAGGCAAGUUAUAUUUAAAUAAUUAAAUCCUACAUUUGAACCCAGACCUCGCUGUCAGUUUCAGAGGAGUUCUAACAAGUCCUGCCUUCCAUGGGGACAUGAUAAUGUUGACUGUUGCUGAGAUCUGCAGGGGCUCCAGCUGAGGGCGCUCAUGUUACACACAAAAUUCAAGUAACCCAGUGAGUUUAAAGGACUGCAUUAAAGUCCCCUGUAUAAUUAACUAUUAUUCUAUUCAUAAAUAAAAAAAAACUUCGUCUAUUCAUUAUAAACUAUUAACACAGUUUAAGUGGUAUGCAGAGUAGUGGUAAGUUUAAUCAUCAUUGCUGCAUAAACACUGUGAAUUGCAGUUUUAGAUGCAGGCAGCUUUUCAAUACAUUAGUAACCAAUGUGGUAAAUCAGGCAGACUGCUUUGACUGAUGUUGACCAGUUGCUGUCAUGACCUUUCUGCUGAAUGAGCAGCAGCAACUUUCUGUUUUAGUCCUUGCUGUGUUGACAAAAUUUAAAAGCAACUUAAUGUUUACAGUAGAAUGGAUUACCUCAAAGUAAGAUAUCAACCUCAAUAGAGCAUUAAUCCUUAAAACAGCAUGUUACUACAGCUACUUUUGGCGUUGUUGUUAACAACAAAACUUAUUCAGGCUAACAUUCUCAGUGACUGUUUAUUUAUUGACUUUAUUUACAGGACUCAAACAUGACAUAUGACAUGGAAAAUUUCACUUGGAGCAUACUACUACCACUGAAGGUGGUCAAGAGCUACUCCCAUUACAUUGUUGAAUAAAACUUUAUCAAAACACAUGAUACAUAUUAAUGGAGCCAUACAUAUUAUAAACAAGAUUAUUAUGAACACAAAUACAUGUUUUAAAUAAAUUUACAGUGGCAUAAAAUAAAGUUUUCUUUCAAAAUCAUGCAAACAUUUUAGAGCAACAUUAAAGUUUGUGAAUGGAAGAAUGUAAAGGCCUUCUGUAUGUGAGCUUUUUGCCAGCCUGUGUCUGUUUUGUAAUUUACCACAUGACUGUUCUCAAAUUAUCCACACUGUUCAUCAUUUUCGUUUUUUGCAGGACUGAAAAACAGCUUUAGUUACUGUUGCUGUUUUUGUUUCAAAAUUAUGCUAAACUUUGUCAUGGUGUGUUUUUAUUUAACACACUUGUCAUGUCAUUUGUGUUGGAAAAUACUUUGUGAACUCUG